AUGCCUGAAAGCGUCUUCCACUGCUGCAGGAGACGAGAUGCGACCGAGUGUGGCUGGACAGCGCCCGUCCCUCCAUUUAUACACGGCACCGCCACUCGUGGCACCCUUGAGGCACCAGUCGUGACACUGACACCUUUUUCCGAAAGACAUUUUGGGAAAUAUUUCGGCAUAAGUUUCAGAUUUGGUAAAACAUUAAGAAUUUACUCUACUCAGGCGACCGAGUUCAUCUUACUUUCCGUAGCUGCCGCGUCCUCUUCCUCCGCCGAAUCCGCUGCCGCCGAAACCUCCGCUGCUGCUGCCGAAUCCACCGCCACCGAAUCCACCACCUCCGCUGCCGCCUCCAAAUCCACCGCCACCGAAUCCACCGCCACCGAAUCCACCGCCACCGAAUCCACUUCCACCUCCGGACAGCCUUCCGGUGCCGAUCAGAAUUCCACUGCUUACGCUCCCACCUCCACCUCGGCCUCCACUUCCACCAUAUCCACCACUGCCUCGGCCGCCGCCGAAUCCACCUCCUCUGCCUCCAAAUCCACCACCACUGCCUCCAAAUCCUCCACUGCCUCCAAAUCCUCCUCCACCUCCACCAAAUCUGUGUCCACCGAAUCCUCCUCCUCCUCCUCUUCCACCACCGCCGAAUCCACCUCCGCCUCCGCCUCCUCUACCGCCUCCACCAUAGCUUCCACCAGCUGCUGCCACAUACGCCAUGGCUACCACAGCCACAGUCACAAGCUGAAAAAUAAAUUAAUAAAAAAUACUUAAAGCUGU